AGGAAAAGCAAUCGAGCGUGGCUCACUCGAGCAGCCUGUAAGAAAACGAGGAAGAUGGCAUCCACCGACCAACCUGAUCCACCAACACAGCCUGGCCUUCCUCCUGGAGACGAUGCAGCAGCACCCCCCAGAGAAGCACUGAUUACCACUGCUGUAAAGUUUCUACAGAACCCAAAAGUACGUCAGAGUCCCUUGGACACCAGAAAAGCCUUCUUGAAGAAAAAAGGCCUGACGGAUGUGGAGGUAGAGUUGGCCAUCCAGCGCUCCGGCAGCACGGAAGAAGUCCUGCCUCUGAGCCCUGUGGGGCCCCCACAUCCACUCCAUGCAACGCAGCUGGCUCUUGUGCCACACAGUCCAGCAGGCUACAGAUGGAGGGACUACGGUGCCCUCACCAUCAUUAUGGUGGGCAUCGCCUUUGGCUUUCAUCAGCUUUACAAAAAAUACAUCCUUCCCCUCAUUAUCGGCAGCCGAGAGGACAAGAAGCAUCUGCAGAGGAUGGAGAGCAACAUUGCGGCAAUGAGUGGCACGCUGACACAGACAGUCAGCCAGCUGCAGCAGACCCUGGUCUCCGUCCAGGAGCUCCUGAUCCAGCAGCAGCAGAAAAUCCAGGAGCUCUCUCAGGAACUGACAGCAUCAGGGGCAUCGUCUUCAACCAACCGCGUCCUGGACAACCAAACAGCUGGAGAGCUGAAGGCCGAGAUCCUCUCUUUGAAGGGCUUACUGCUCAGCAGGAAACAAUUCCCUUCCACUCCCACUAUACCUAAAAUCCCCUCAUGGCAGAUUCCUCUAAAGUCGCCAUCGGUACCCGGCUCCCCGUCGGUCCACCACACCAACAGCAGCAGCGACAUCUCCCCUGUCAGCAACGAGUCCGAAAACUCCUCCCCUAUCAAAGAUGGACACAACAGCCCUCAGGAUGCACUGGGAGGCCCUGAUGUAGUGCACAGUAUCAACGGAGAUGACGGCACCGCGGCCCUUGCCGCAACGUUGCUCCUGGACCUGAAGGACCAGGUCCGCAUGGAAGUGCAGGGGGAGGAGGAGAAGAAGGAAGAUGAGGAGGAGGAAGAGGAGGAGGAGAAUGUCAGCCAUGUAGAAGAGGAGGAGGACGGUGUAAGCAUGCACACAGUGGAUCGGCGAGGUGGGGAUGGACAGAUUAAUGAACAGGUGGACAAACUGAGGCGGCCCGAGGGUGCCAGCAAUGAGAGCGAGGUGGAUUAAAUAGCAGUAGAAAGCGCAAAAUAUACUCUCCAAACACUUCUCAUCUCUGUCGAUGGCUUUGUUUCAUUCGGCUCCUCUCUGCUCUCACUCAUUUAUUUUCUUGUUGUCUUGUUUUAUCCAUCUUCACUGUCUGUUUCCACUUGUUUCUGUAACAUCUUAAUCUCGAGCAAAAUGAGGAGCAGGCGUGAGAAGACGCAAAACUGACAAAUAUUGGAGGCUCGACUUGAGGCAGACUAAAUGACUGCAGGUCGAGCCACAAACCACGCUGUAACAUUUCUUUGAAAGGAGAAGUGACGAGCAAUAGUCAAAUCAGAAUGACUUUAAAAGGCUUCAUGCAGUCCUAAUGUGUGACUGCUUUAAAUUUUCAUGAUUUUAUCAGAUAUAACUUUGCCUCGUAAUUGUCCUAAGGCUCUUUUACAGACCAAAGAGGCAGUGCUGUGCAGAAUAUCUCUCCUGUAUGAUGCAGCUGCAGGUCAGGAGUCAUAUGUUGGCACUUCAUGCUCAAAGUUACCGUGAGCUUCCCGAGAAGCAUUAGCAGAGUUGGUCUCUCUGUUGAUGGCAAUAGGAGAGGACAAGCUCUUCCAGGGCCGGAGCUUUUAGCCUCUUUUAUGUGUCCUUUCGCAUUGGUGUCAGUCUGUCAAUAAUUUACAAGGCCAGCAGGGUGGCAUUUGGGUGAAAUAAAAGCCCUGAAAUUCGAGAUUAGAAUGUGAUGACGGGCUUUGUUCCAUGGCGGUGUCAGAGUGCUCAUACGCUCAAAGGAGGGGAAGAAAAAUGUUUUUUUUCCCCCUGCUUUCCUUUCUCACUGAGGGCUGAAUUGUGCAUCUUUUGCGAGUGUGUUUGCGCGUGGCAGGCGAGAAAACCCAGACUGUCUGCUGAGCUGUAUCUGUGUCUCCAGCAGGGCAGCUGAUUUGGUUUGUGAAGUAUGUUAAUAAUCAAAUGAUCAACAAAUAACAGAUGUAUUAGUUCAUGCAGCUUGAAAUGUCAAGGAGGCUAAAAGCGGAAAUCUAAUACAGAAAGCCCAGUUGCAUUGUAUUAUUUUCCGUGACAAACCCUGCGGUCCAAAUUAUGUAGGGCCUCCUACAGUGAGUAAUCUUUACAGAAAACGGCGCCAAUAUUUUGUAAUUAAGCUGCAGUAAGACAACGAGCGCUGCCACAGAUGGUAGUUGCAGAACUUGUAUCACUUUUUUUCUCUCUCAAUGUGGAGGUGGAUGGGGGAAGUUAGAAGAAAAUUGCCCCAUGAUUGAAAAGGAAAGUAAUAAAUGAAUACUUGACUUAUUGAAUUACUCACUGUGUCUCCAGCUAACAAGAAGAGUCCAUGAGUGAGAAGAAGGGAUAUCAGCUCUGGUGCCAUUUCCACCUCCAUCAAAUGGUCUUCUUAGGAACACAGAAAAGGUAGAGGGGCUCUGCACACUUCCGCGCGACACCCGUCCCGACCCACACAAUAUGUUUGUUGUUUGAGUUUCUGUUGAAAGUGUCGAAUGAUGAUACAACAACAGUUGCAGUAUGCUCUGAACUAUAUAUUUGUGAUUCAGUAGAGAGACAUUUGUAUGGAUGAAUUAGGUUGGUUCAAAGUACAUAAUCAAGAGGUGUAACUAAUGCUUCUUAGCCACUAUAGAACCAGUAAUUGGUCUUCUCUGUAACCUGCUGAUUACUGUCUGAAUGUCAGCCUGAAGUGAACAUACGUGCAAUAAAUCUGGUUUAUCUCAA